AUGUGGCGCGCCAUCAGUAACGUGCGGCGCGCCAACAACAAUCGCAUUUAUGCGAUAGCAAUUGGAGCUGGAUCGUCAGCUGCAGUGGGUUCCGGAAUUUUGCUAUACAAGGGCCAUCACUCAUUAGAUAGUCACGAUCCUACGGCUUGGAGAUCUGCAAUUCAGUAUUCCGACAACAAGAACAGCGAUCCGUCCAAGCAAUCAAAUAAAACCAAAGUCAGCCAUGGACUUGUUCUAGAACCGACAGCACGUUUGGUUGUCCCGGGUUGGCUACGCUCGCUGCCCGGCUUUGUCGCCAAAUUGCAGGACGAAUUGUCCAUGGCACCCUGGUCCUUGAGUCACGAAAUUUGGGAAGAGGCACAUGAUCCUGAGAUCAAUCCGGAAAUCGUCUGGAACGCAGAGGUAAGGAUCUCUAAGGAUCUGUGUGAGCAGGAGCAACAAUUUCUCCGCUUGCGUCGGAAGCAUACCGCCAAAGCUCUCGCCAAAUACCUUAAUGUCCCGGAAUCAGAAAUCCACCCUGACGAUGUGCCUACAAUCGCGAUGUGCGGAUCCGGAGGUGGAUUGAGAGCACUAGUCGCUGGGGCGUCGUCGUAUCUUUCCGCCCAUGAAACAGGGUUAUUCGACGUUGUCACGUACAGCGCCGGCGUCAGUGGCAGCUGUUGGUUGCAAGCUUUGUAUUAUUCAUCAAUAGGGGGCCUGUCUCACCAAAACAUCAUCAAUCACCUCAAACAUCGCAUUGGCAUCCAUAUCGCCGACCCCACCGCGGCCGUUGGAUUGCUUAGCCAAGCACCUACCAACAAGUACAUUUUGAGCGGCUUUGUUGAGAAGCUUCGUGGCGUUCCUGAUGCUGAUUUUGGACUCGUUGAUGUAUAUGGCCUACUACUAGCUGCGCGACUCAUGGUGCCCAAGGGUGAGUUGGGUGUCAGCGACUGGGAUCUCAAAGUGUCGAAUCAGAGCCACUAUAUCGACGAUGGACGCCAACCGCUCCCUAUCUAUACUGCUGUUCGCCACGAAAUUCCUACAGCACCCGGAGAAGAUUUGGCUCAACAGGCCAAGGAGGCUCGGUUCCAGGCAAAACACUACGACUGGUUCCAAUGGUUUGAAUGGACACCAUAUGAGUUCUUUUGCGAGGAACUCGAAGCUGGCAUUCCGACUUGGGCUAUGGGACGUCGCUUCGAGGGCGGUAAGACGAUGUGGCGAGACAAUGGCUUCUCGCUUCCUGAGCUUCGCGUACCUCUCAUGAUGGGCAUCUGGGGCAGCGCUUUCUGCGCGACUCUUUCACACUAUCUAAAAGAGGUCAGCCCUAUGCUGAAAUCGUUCGGAUUCGGCCGCCUGGACGCGAUGCUUGCUGAGAAGGACGACGAAUUCGUCAAAGUCCACCCGAUUGAUCCAGCAGUCAUUCCCAAUUAUCUUCUUGGAUUGAAGGGCCAGCUGCCCUCGUCUUGUCCUGACAGCAUUCACGAGGCCAAUCAUUUGGAGCUCAUGGAUGCAGGCAUGUCAAACAAUCUGCCGAUCUACCCACUCUUGCGGCCUGGCCGCAACGUUGACAUCAUAAUCGCGUUCGAUGCAUCCGCAGACGUCAGAGGCGACAAUUGGAUCAAGGCUGUGGAUGGAUAUGCUCAACAGCGCAACAUCAAAGGCUGGCCCAUGGGUGCAGGUUGGCCGCCACAAGAAAGCUCUGUGGAAGAGGUAGCUCAAGCAAUGGACGAAGCAGAAGAAUCGGCGGCAGCAGCAACCUCCCAAGCUGGUUCUUUACAGCCCCUUGAUGGUGGCGCGAAGGCCAAAGACCUAGGGCACUGCACCGUCUGGGUGGGAACGACUGCAGAGCGUGCCGAAUUCAUGGAAGAACCCCCUUCCCAUCGCCUUGAUGCCGAUUGCGACGACCAUUCUCACCUUUCGCACCCAGACGCCGGCAUCGCGCUAAUAUACUUCCCUUUUACCGCCAACGAUAAAGUCGACGGCGUCGAUCCUCUAAAAUCCGACUUCAUGUCAACCUGGAAUUUCGUCUACACGCCUGAGCAGAUCUCCCAAGUCGUACAGCUUGCACGAGCCAAUUUCAAAGAAGGCGAAGCACAGACGAAGCGAACGAUUGAAGCAGUCUGGCGGCGGAAGCACUGGAAUGCUCGCGGAUUACUCAUCGGACUGGAACGCUUGCGGAUCAAUCACCUAAAUCCACCGGGGAUGAUCAUCGCUCGAUUGUCACGACUUUCGAGGGACCACGUCCAUGCCGAACGUAACUCUCUGUGCUUGAGGGACGAGUGAGCUGAAGCAGUAUCGUUGCAAAGCGGAAACAUGUUGAAAACGUUCGCGCGUUUCGGUUGCAAAACACUAUGGCAUGCCAAGAUCUUUGCAAAUGCCUCGCGCUCCUCGCUAUUCGGACAUCGAAACCCCGAGAUGCUACCUGCCUGAAUAGGAGUCUAUCUCGAUCGAACUUGUUGCGACCACACGGCUAUUCCAAACAUCGUUGCGCUUCCUCGUCCCUCACGGCGCCCACUUCUCACCAUGGGGUUUAUCAGAAACAUCAGAGAUAGUGGCGGACUUGGCAUCUGCGGCCUUUCGAGCUGAAAGCAUGAGGGAAACGUCGGGAGGCUCGCACAACGCCAAGGCGUCGGCCAGGAGGGUGCAUUUGAACCCUCUUGAUCCUUGACCUUUGACUUGUCACGCGUGAAAGCUUCGCUGGUGGCCCUUGUACAAUAUGCACAUUUUCAGGAGCCUUGUCUCUAUUCCAAAAGCAUGGUGGCGUAUAUGCAUGUAACA